UCGGGGUGGUGGACCUGAUCAGAAAAUCGAUUCAAUUUAUUCUAUGGUUAAUGAUCAUUGGUUUUGUUUGGAAUGAAUGAGCCGUGAACGCAAGUGUUGCUAAAGCUAAACUACGUUGAUAAAUCUAAGUAUUUCUCAUAAUUUAUAUUAUUGAGCUGCUUUAUUAUAUAUACAUUUGAACGAAGAGAUACAUUUUAUUUUUUUAUUGAACUUUUGAUAUAAUAAUAUGAGUGAGAACGACAAGGAUACAGAAAAUAAAAGCGAAGACAAAAAGAAAAUUGAGGCGGAAGAAAUGGAACAAAUCAUGAAUGUGGAAAAUAAAGAAAAGAAAAUUAAAACUGAUAACAAAGAAGGAAUGGAAGUGAAACCAAAAAAAAUUCCUAUUGGUGGCAUCCAAAUGCCUGGAUUCUUUACUAGGAGUAAAUCAAAGGAGAAAUGCAAGGAUGACAACGAUCAAAAUGAACAAGAAGAGAUUGACCUCAUUGAUCAAAAAGACAAAACAAAAGAUGAUCAAAAAGAAGGAACCUUACCAAGAAUGGUGAAACUACCAAAUCCUUUUAGAAAAUCUAAACUUUUAACCGAUGAUGAUGGCGAGUCCACACCAACCAAGGGAAAAAAAUCCCUUUUGAAUAGGCUUUCUAUUGGAACUGUACUUCCAGGUUUAAAAAAAGAUUCUGAUAAUUUAGACAACCAAGCGCAAGCAGGACUUGCUUCAAUGGAAACCUUAGAAGAAAAAAGCACUGAAGAAAAAUUAAAGGGCGAGGAAAAGGAUGUUGAAAAGCAACAAGUAAAGGAGGUUUCCAGGUAUAGACAGUUUGUGAGGACCCAUUUAUUUGCUCUCAGGGUAUUUUGGUCUAUAUUGAUAUUCGGUGGUGCCACGAUUUGUGUAUUAAUAAUAUCCUUUGUAGAUGUUUCCUUUUGUGGACCCCAACUAAAAAAUGGCAAGUUGGUAGAGACUGUGACUAGUUGUGGUAAAGUUGAAGGUAUAAUAGAGGACAGUGCAGUUACUUUUAGAGGAAUCCCAUACGCCCGGCCACCUGUAGGAGAUCUUAGGUUCAAAUACGCGCAACCCCUCAACAACAUAAAUCAUUGUUGGAAUGGAACAUUUUUGGCUCAUAAUUCAUCUGACACCUGUCUUCAGAUUCAUAGUAAUGGAUCCAUAAGUGGUUCGGAAGACUGUCUUACUCUUGAUGUGAUAACGCCCUAUGUUCGCUACGAUAAUCCUUUACCAGUGGUUGUACAGAUCGGUGCAGAAAGCUUGCAUGGAGACUCUCCUGGUAAAAUGAGACCUUCGGCUAGAUAUGCUAGAUGCAAGGAUGUUGUAUUCGUUCGUCCCAACUUCAGACUGGGCGUUCUGGGUUUUCUGGCUCUUGAUAUUUUGAGCAAGGAUGAGUACCCCCACCGAUCCGGAAACUAUGGUUUAUCCGACAUUUUAGAGGCAUUAAAAUGGGUGCAGCUGAACAUCGAACAUUUUGGAGGCGAUCCAAGUUCGGUAACAUUGUUUGGAUAUAGAGCGGGAGCCACUUUAGUCACUUCUCUAGCAACAAUAAGGAAACCUCAAGAAUAUUUCACUAGGGCUUGGGCAUCUUCCGGCAGUGCAGUCUAUCCUAAAAAAUCAAGAAGCGAUGCCGAAAAUCAAAAUAGAAAAUUCCUCGAAGUAAUUCAAUGUGAAGAUGUUGAAUGUUUACGUAAUGCCGAUGCUGAAAAGUUGCUGAACGCAGUUGAAGACACUUGGAGAAAGCCACAGCCUGAUCUACCGCAUCCAGAAGAAGAUCCAAGCAAACUCCAUGAAUGGCUGGUUUUGGACGGAGAUAUUUUACAGGAACACCCGGCUACCGUUUUAGCUAACGAAGACUUGAAAAUACAACUGGUGAUAGGGUCUACAGCCCACGCUGCUCAUUCUGAAAAAUUACUACUGAGAAAUAAAGAAUGGACGGAAUUUUUGGUGAAAGAACAUAUUAAUAUGUCCGUUUUGGCAACUAAAAACUUGACUCAUGAAAUUUUCAACAUGUACCCGAUGAAUUACAAAGGUUUGAGCACCAUCAUAUCCGAUAUACGCAUCGUUUGUCCCUUACUUUCGAUUUCAAGCCUCAUGCGUAAAGUUCCAUUUUACGUUGUUACACAAACUAGAGGCGAAGAAGACGUUGCUGAUAUUGAAUCUGAUAUCGAUGCGAUAUUGGGAAGGUACGAGCCCAAAACACCGGCCCAACGAAGAUACGUGUCUGCUAUGCAAGGUUUGUUCUAUCACUUUGUCUGGCAUGGCAAGAUCAAACAGCAAAAUAUCGGUCAUAAGGUUUUAAUCGUCGGACAAGACGUUCUACCGAAUUCCACUUACCCAGAAUGCGACUAUUGGAUGACAAAGAAUAUUGUUCCCGCUUAUGCAGCUUUAGAUUAAGGUCUGACUACCAUUUGAUAUUUACAUAACUUUUAUAUUUGUAUAGUGUUUGUGUAUUUUGAAUAUUAUUGAUAUUUGUUGUACGACGGCCUGAAGCAGGUUAGCUCAUUUCAUUUGAUGAGCCUGGAGCCUCUACUUAAAGUUUUCAUUGGACGAACCUGUGUGCUGAAUGAAUCGAAUUCGUUAAGUACAGACUUUGAAGCUGAAAUAACCACACUUUUGUCCACUUCAUUUUUAACAAAUUUAGGCAACUAAGAUGUCAAAAAAACUACUGAAUUAAAAAAAAAUACUACCUCCACCAGUAAUUCCAAUCUAUGCUACUAUCGGCUAUAGUUUUUUUCGAAACUAGUGUGAAACGGUGAUUAAAAAAAAUCUUAUGGAAAUGAGUGUGUUUACUUCAGCUUUUAAAUAUAAAAGGUGAAUAAUAAAAUCCUAAUCAUUCAUCAAAUGGAUUAUACAGGGUUAGAACUGUUUAGAGGGCCACUACAGGUAUAUCGAAAACCGUUAGAGGUACAGGGUGGCUUAAAUCACAAAAAAGUUGCGUUAUUUAGGGAUUAGUGUGUUGGUGUUAACAGAUCCUAAAUAUCUCCGUUAGUUCCUGAAAUAUCUCGAAAAAACUGAAAAUUGAGAUUUUCUUAUUUUUUUUUGUGUAGUUCAUUUAUUUUCGGAGAUAACUUCACGAAAUUUGAUUUAUAGCCAUUAUCCAAUAUAGAGAUACUAAUGGUG